GAAGGUAGCUCCUUUUCUCAGCCGCACUUCUUCUUCUUCUUCUGAGAUUUCACCAUUAGCUUUCUCAUCGGCUUCUUCGAUCAUCGGCCUACAAAAGUUUGUCAAUUCUCAAGGAUCUCUGUCUUAUGAACUUUAGUUUUUGAAGAAGAUGGAUCCUUCUUCUCAACGACAAUCUCCAAAUGGGUCCAGAGGUUUUCGCCUUCAAGCUCCAUUGGUAGAUUCCGUUUCUUGCUAUUGCAGAGUAGAUUCAGGUCUCAAGAGUGUUGUAGAAGCAAGAAAGUUUGUUCCUGGGUCAAAGCUUUGUAUCCAACCCGAUAUCAACCCCAAUGCUCAUCGUCGCAGCAAGAACCCUAAGCGAGAGAGGACAAGAAUCCAACCUCCGCUUCUCCCUGGCCUCCCUGACGAUCUAGCCGUCGCUUGCCUCAUCCGUGUCCCUCGUUCAGACCAUAGGAAACUCAGGCUUGUGUGUAAGAGAUGGUACAGGCUUGCUUCUGGCAACUUUUUCUACUCUCAAAGGAAGUUACUUGCCAUGUCUGAAGAAUGGGCUUAUGUUUUUAAGAGAGAUCGUGAUGGGAAGAUCUCUUGGAACACGAUUGAUCCUGUCUCCCAGGUUCCGCAGCCGCUUCCACCUGUUCCUAGAGAGUAUUCUGAAGCUGUUGGGUUUGGUUGUGCUGUUCUAAGCGGUUGUCAUCUUUAUUUGUUUGGAGGUAAGGAUCCGCUUAGAGGAUCAAUGAGGAGGGUCAUUUUCUAUAAUGCCAGGACGAAUAAGUGGCACAGGGCGCCGGAUAUGCUUAGGAAGCGACAUUUCUUUGGUUCUUGCGUCAUUAACAACUGUUUGUAUGUAGCCGGUGGGGAGUGUGAAGGGAUACAGAGGACGCUACGCUCAGCUGAGGUUUAUGAUCCGAACAAGAACAGGUGGAGUUUUGUUGCUGAUAUGAGCACAGCGAUGGUGCCACUUAUCGGUGUGGUUUAUGACAAGAAGUGGUUUCUCAAGGGACUUGGGUCUCACCAACAGGUCAUGAGUGAAGCUUAUGACCCUGAAACUAACUCAUGGAGCCCUGUGAGUGACGGGAUGGUUACUGGUUGGAGAAACCCAUGUACUUCUCUAAACGGCCGUCUCUACGGAUUGGAUUGUAAGGAUGGCUGCAAGCUCAGGGUGUUUGAUGAAACCACGAAUUCAUGGAACAAGUUCAUGGACAGUAAAGUACACUUGGGGAACUCGACCUCGCUUGAAGCUGCGGCUCUUGUUCCGCUGAAUAAUAAGCUUUGUAUAGUAAGGAACAACAUGAGCAUGAGUCUGGUUGAUGUAACGAAUCCUGAUAAGAACAACCCUCGAGUGUGGGAAAACAUUGCGGUAAAAGGACAGUCUAAGAGCAUUCUCAGUAAUAUAUGGUCGAGUAUCGCAGGUAGGGCUGUGAAAAGCCAUAUUGUGCAUUGCCAAGUGCUUCAAGCCUGACAACAAUGGAUCCAGAAGAGAAUGUUGAGAAGAAACCCAACCACAUUUAGCUUCCAAGAAGAGAAAUACUGUCUCAAGAACUGUAUCUUCGUCACAGUCAUCAUCAACCGAAUGAAUCUACAGAGGCGAAGAACUCAAUGUCUGGUCUUAACAGUCAUACAAGAGAGGAGAGAAAGCAAGAACAGACGUGGCUAUCUCUUCUGGUGUUGUUAAUCGUUGUUAGUAUUUAUAGGAAGGUGGUCUUCUAAACGGUUUUCGCAAUUGUUAUUGGCAUUUUGUUUUCUGUGAUCUGUAAAUCUCAAGUCUUUUGUCUAUAUAUAAUUCGAAUGAAAUCGAAAUAUGAAUAGUUCAAGAGCAGAAAAUUGAGAAGAAGAGAAGCAACUCUUGUAAGCUGUUUACAGAUAGAGACCAGAACUUGUGUCUGGUCUUAAACAGUUUUUAAGAGAGUAAGAACAGACAUGGCCAUCUCUACUCGUGUCGUGUAUUUCUGUUAGUAGCUAUUGUUGUUAAACAUUUUGUAAAUCUCAAGUCUUUGGUCUAUAAAUAAAUGUUCUUAUAAGAAUUGUUUUUCUCAUAAACUACAACAUCGACAUAUAUAUAAUAAAGGAGGAGGAGAUAGGCUUAAGGCUGAUUCAUUAAGCUUCAAGACUCAGUUUCUUGGAGCAAGACGGAACAUCCUUGAACAUAGACUUCGGUAAAGACUUGGAUACGAAUCCGACGGAGAAGACAAUCUCUCCAGAGCCUGGAUUCGACUUCAUGGCUGUGAUCGAUGCCCAGAUGAACAAUUCUUUAGCUUUGAUUCCUUCGACGUCUUUGACAGAUCCGUAGCUGAGCUUCCCGGCGAUCUUCUUGUCGUAGAAAACGGUUUGACCGGGGAAAUCGACGUAGCAGGGAGUGUUUAAGUCGACGGUGAAGUCUCCGGCGUCGGAGAGAGUGUACGAUUUGACGUUAUCGGGAAGAAGACCUUUGGGGAAUCCGUAGCGCGGGAGGAGAUCGUGGACGUCAUCGGUGGCGAGAGAUGGACGGUGGAGAUCGAGAGAUGAUAAAGCGGUGGAGAGAGAUAACAGAGAGAGGAGGAAGAGGCAGGAGAGUGUGAUGAUCGAAGAAGCCAUUGGUGUGAAUGAUGGUGACUGCACUGAGAAGAAUGGUCCGUGAUAUAAACAUACACAUUGAGGG